UCUAAUACUGAUCAAAUAAAAUACUAUUUAUGAAGUGUUUUUUUCUUUAGUUAAAUUAAUUAAAAUAAUUUACUUAAACACUUAAUUAGGAUUAUUAGUUAAAAUAAUUUUCAAUUUAUCUAAAUGUCUUAAUUGAACAAGAAUUGAACGCAAAAUUUACCAAAUCAAUCACAUUAAAGAAAAUUUAACUCAAUAUGACAUCCAAAAAAUGGAUCAAAAUAUUUACGGAUGAUACAGAAUACAGUGCUGAUUCUGUUGAAUGGUGUCCACACGAACCGAAUCAAAAUUUAUUUGUAUGCGGAACGUAUCAGUUACAAGAAAAUAAUACAGAAACACCACAAACUAGAAUUGGAAGACUAUAUUUAUAUUCGAUAUCAAUCGACAAAAAUACAUUAAAAUGCUUACAACGUAUUGAUACAGCAGCCAUUUUGGAUAUAAAAUGGUGUCAUAAUCAAAUUAACUCAAAAUCAAUUCUUGCUGCAGCAAACGCUUUGGGACAACUUUUAAUAUUCGAAUUACAACCAACAUACACAUUAAAACUAAUAACAAAUUUUCAAAUACCAAAUUCUGAUCCAGGAAAAGAUCUAUUGAGUUUAUCGAUAGAUUGGUCGACUGGGAAAUAUGAAAAUUCCAAUCCUGAAAUUGUUGUCAGUGAUUCUACGGGAUAUAUUACAAUAUUGAAAUAUGAGAAUGAACAAUUAAAUUUAAAGUUUAACUGGAAAGCACAUGAUUUUGAAGCAUGGAUAUGUGCCUUUGAUUAUUGGAAUAGCAAUUUAAUUUAUACGGGGGGAGAUGAUUGUAAAUUAAAAAUGUUUGAUAUUCGAAAUUUAAUGAAUCCAAUUUUGGUUAAAAGUAAUCAUGAAGCUGGCGUUACUAGUUUACAAUUUAAUACAAAAUUUGAACAUAUUUUUGUUUCGGGCAGUUACGAUGAAAAUAUAUUAAUAUGGGAUAAUCGAUCCAUGAAAAGACCAUUAUCAACGAUAAAAACCAGUGGCGGUGUAUGGCGAUUAAAAUGGGAUCCUUUUUCGUUUAAUAAAAUUCUUGCUGCAUGUAUGUAUGGUUCGUUUCAUAUUUUAAAUGUAGAUGAUCAUUCAAAUCCAGAAAUUAUCGCUAACUAUUGUGAACAUGCGAGUAUUUGUUAUGGAGCUGAUUGGUGUUAUAUUCAAGAUGAUAGCAAACAAAAAUAUAUUGGAACAUGUUCGUUUUAUGAUCAUCUUUUGAAUGUAUCCAAAAUUUAUUUCGAAUAA